UGUGUGUGUGUGUGAAACUUGAUCCGCUAGGCCUAUGUGAAUGAAUGAUUAGGGUGACUGUGCUCACGAAGAUCAGCUUUUGCUGGCUGGCUUCAACUGGAUAACAACUGGCAGGCCCAGAAGUCUAACGACUAUGGACUAAUAUCUGGAAGGUUUGGAUUUGGACUGGAGCAUCUAAGUGUAAAAAGCCUGUGGUGUCUACACAGGGAUGAGAUUAACCCUUUAACCUUUAUUGUGAACACUUUACUGCUAAGGAACAUACAUUCAUUAGAUUUUUAUGGAUAUAUAUCAAGAAAUUCACUGAAGAAGAACUGCCAUAUAUAGACAAAAUAUUGUAUCCUGUCAUCAUGGAGCGUAAUAUAUUUGGACUUCUUUUAUUAAUUUCAAUUUUAAAUGGUAUAGAUUGUCAGCGUCGGCAGCCUCAGUGUGAGCAAGGAAGUUGCUAUCCAGCCACAGGAGAUUUGCUGAUUGGAAGAAGUAGUGAAGAACAAUUGUAUGCCUCAUCAACAUGUGGCUCAAGAAAUCCAGAGACCUAUUGUAUUGUUAGUCAUUUAGAGGAAGAAGAAAAAUGCUUUAGUUGUGACUCUCGGACCCCAUGGUCAUUACAGAAUAACCAGAGUCAUAAGAUAGAAAAUGUUGUAUCUUCUUUUAUAAGAGACAGAAAGGUACGCUGGUGGCAGGCCGAGAAUGGACAUCAAAAUGUAUAUAUUCAGUUAGAUUUAGAGGCAGAAUUCCAUUUUACUCAUCUUAUCAUGACAUUUAAAUCAUUUCGACCAAAGGCUAUGCUUGUAGAAAGAUCACAUGAUUUUGGCAAAACAUGGAAAGUUUACAGGUAUUUUGCAUACAACUGUGAAAAGUCGUUCCCAGGAGUUUCCCGAGGCCCAGUACAAAAUCUUACGGACGUGAUUUGUGAGACAAGAUAUUCAGAUGUGGAACCUUCGACAGGAGGGGAGGUGAUUUUCCGAGUGUUACCCCCAUUUAUCCCAGUCCGUGAUCCUUACAGUGUAAAUGUUCAAAACCUGCUGAAGUUAACAAAUCUCCGAGUCAACUUUACUGAGCUGCACACACUUGGUGACACUCUCUUGGACAACCGUCAUGAAAUCAAAGAGAAAUACUAUUAUGCUAUAUAUGAUAUGACUGUGAGAGGAAGUUGCAGUUGCUAUGGUCACGCUUCUAACUGUGUCCCAGUACCUGGCUACAACAACCACUCAGGAAUGGUACAUGGCCAGUGUGAAUGUACACACAAUACGAUGGGAAGGAACUGUGAAUUGUGUAAAACUGGAUACAAGGAUGUACCAUGGCAGCCUGCUAGACAUAACCAGCCAUUCGAGUGCCAGAAGUGUAAGUGUAACAACCAUGCAGAUGACUGUAAGUUUGACCCAGCAGUAUACGUGCCGUCCGGUAAGAUUAGCGGCGGUGUGUGUAUCGACUGUCGACACAACACCAUGGGCAAGAACUGCCAGGAAUGUCAGACAUUUUACUACCAGGACCCUAACAAGGACAUCCGUGAUCCAGAUAUAUGUCAGCCCUGUGACUGUGACCCUGACGGCUCUCAGUAUGGAGGUAACUGUGAUAGUCAUACUGACCCUGCCUAUGGCCUGGAGGCUGGCCGGUGUACCUGUAAACUAUAUGUCACAGGUAAACGUUGUGAUGUUUGUAAGGACGGCCACUUCAACCUCACCUCUAAUAACGAAUACGGCUGUGAUACCUGUAUAUGUAACACUCUUGGGACCAUCGGCAACUACGGCUGUGAUAAAGAUUCUGGACAGUGCUUCUGUAAAAGAUACGUAACUGGUGUCAAAUGUGACACAUGCUAUCCUGGAUUCUGGAACCUGAGUGGUGAGGUGACUGGAUGUUCCCCAUGUGACUGUGACCUGGGCGGGGCCGAGUCCGAGGUCUGCGACUCCCAGGACGGUCAGUGCAUCUGUCGACCAAACAUUGGUGGCCGCCAGUGUAACAAGCCAGCCACAGGGUACUACUUCACACUCCUGGAUUACUUCAGAUAUGAGGCAGAAGAUGCGAGGGGAAUCGGGAGAACAAGACUUUACACACUUCCAUCCUAUAACUACUCCAUCCUACCCUGGAGACAACAGUGGACUGGACAGGGCUUCAUGAGAGUUAGCGAGGGCGACAGUAUCGAGUUUACUGUCAACAAUAUUGACUUCCCAAUGGACUAUGAUAUUGUCAUCAGAUACAACCCAGCGAUGCAGGAUGUAUGGGAGGAUGUGCGAGUGUAUGUUGUCCGUCCCGGCCCAGUCAACGAGUUUGGACCUUGUGCUAACCACAUGCCAUCAGAUGAUGAAAAAGUCACCAAUCUCAUGACAAACCGUAGUUACACAGUCGUGUCUCCUCCUGCCUGUCUGGAGCCUGGCAAGGAAUACACCAUCAGACUUGAGUUCCGCCGCUUUAAAACCAAUGCUGAAACACCUGAUGCAGCCCUCAAUAUUGAUUCAAUUGUCCUGAUCCCCAACAUGAACACUGUGCCCAUUUUCUAUGGCCCAGGCUAUCCUAGCUUCCUAAAGGAGGAGUUUCAGCGAUAUGGUUGCUACAACUCACAAUUAAAGGCUUUCCAGGAGGAACCUAGGGAUUUGUGUUACAACCUCACCUUUAGUAUUUCCUCAGUGCUUCACAAUGGAGCCCUUGAGUGUAACUGUGAUUCUACUGGCUCUGAAGACCUCGAAUGUAACCCUGCUGGUGGCCAGUGUCGCUGUAAGCCCAAUGUUGUGGGACGACGAUGUGACCGAUGUGCCCCAGGAACGUACAACUUUGGACCUGAUGGCUGUAAACCCUGUAACUGUGUUGGCGAGGGAUCUCAGGACAACUACUGUGACAAACAGAGUGGACAAUGUCUCUGUAGACGUAACAUUGGUGGUAGGAUCUGUGAUCGAUGUGUUGAAGGUUACUAUGGCUACCCCAGCUGUCGUCCCUGCCAAUGUAACGGUAAUGCUGAUUCGUGUACCAAUGAUAUCGGUGCCUGUCUUCAGUGUCGUGACAACACCGUGGGAAACAACUGUGAAUCAUGUGCCCCAGGCUACCAUGGUGACCCACGCAUCAGUUACCGUAUUCCCUGUGAACCAUGUUUGUGCCCAGGAGGACCAGACAGCCCUAUACAACAUGCUGACUCAUGUAGCGUAGAUCCAUACUCCCGUAAUCUACAGUGUAACUGUAGACCUGGAUAUCAAGCUCCACGAUGUGAUCGCUGUGCAGAGAACUACUUUGGCCACCCAAGCCUACUGAACGGUACCUGUGAACCAUGUAUCUGUAAUAACAAUAUCGACCCUGAUGUACCGGGCGGAUGUAACACAACUACAGGGCAGUGUCUACUCUGUCUCUUCAAUACUGAGGGCUUUAACUGUGAGAGGUGUAAACCUGGUUACUAUGGGGAUGCUACUACACAAAGCUGUAAAGAAUGUGUCUGUGAUAUUUAUGGUACUGAUCGUGACAGUGGAGCAUGUGACAGAGAGACUGGCCAAUGUCCCUGUCUUCCUAAUGUGGAAGGCAUGAGUUGUGACCGCUGUGCAAUUGGUUUUUGGAACAUAACAAGCGGAGAAGGCUGUUCCUCCUGUGGAUGUGACACUGAAGGCUCUUUAGGCCCUGAGUGUAACCAGUUUGAUGGCCAAUGUCUGUGUAAAGAGGGUCGAGGAGGCCUUGACUGUAGUGAGUGUCCAGCUAACUACUGGGGAGACCCCACUAGAGAGUGCUAUCCCUGUGACUGUGAUGGUCAGGGAUCUAGCCAAUCCCAAUGUGAUCGUCGUACUGGUCAAUGUGUGUGUCUGACUGGUAUCACUGGAUACAAGUGUGAUCGCUGUGCUAGAGGUACCACCGGAGUAUUGCCAAACUGUAAACCAUGUGGAGACUGCUUUGACAAUUGGGACCGUAUCAUCCGAGACCUUUCUGCUCAAACCUCUAGACUACUGGAUGAUGCUACAAGGAUCAAAACCACAGGUGCUGAGAGGGCGUUUGAUAAGGAGUUCAGGCAGAUGGAACAGAACAUGGAUGAAAUCAGACAUAUUGUCAACAAUGCCAGUGUAGCGUCUACUGAUAUGAAGGAUCUUGAGGAUAUUCUCAAACAGCUCAGACAAAACCUGACACAGAGCAUGGAGAGACUGGACAAUACAGAGCUAGGUCUGGACAACAGGAUGAACAAUAUCCGACAGGGCAACAACAACAUUCGCGCACUUCAGUCACGUGUCAAUGACCUCAAACUCAAGGCUGACCAGCUUGUCAAAAAUGCUUCGGCCAUCCGUGCCAAGGAUGUUGAAGGUGCCUUUAACAUCACAAAGGAAGCUCAACAGCGAUCACAGAUGGCACAAGCCAAAAUUGACAAUACUGAAUCCAUCAUGGUUGAAUCAGAACGUAUCCGACAGGAGACAGAGGAGCUACUGGAGAAUGGACAGGAGAGGUUUGACAACCAGUUAGCAGAAAACAGAAAUAAUCUGGCUAGUCUUGACGCCUCAGUUAGCGGGCUAUCUAACAGAAUAGCUGACAUCAAUGAAAUGGUGUGUGACGGCCGUGGUGACCCAUGUGAUGACAUCUGUGGUGGUGGUGGAUGUGAUAAGUGUGGAGGUGUAGGAUGCGACAAUGGAGCUGUAACUAAGGCUGAGGAUGCCAUCAAACUGGCCAAGGAUGCAGAAAGUCUGCUGGCCAUGAAAGAAGAUGAUGCAAAUGAUCUUCUAAGUAGCAUUAACACUGUACAGCGUGGUGCUGAGGAUGCUAAGAAUGAAGCAACCAUGGCCUAUAAUGCUGCACUUCGGGCCAAGAACGAAACAGAGAUGGCUCGCCUCAUGUUGGAGACUCUUCUCAAUCAAGUGGCUAACUUCUUAUCACCAUCUACUGGAACUCCGGAGCACAUCAGAGAUAUUGCUGAGGAAGUUCUUGCCAUGAGUAUAUCUCUGAAUCCAGAACAGAUCAUGAAUCUGGCUGACGAAAUCAACAAAACCAUCCAGGGUCUCCAAAACAUUGAUGUCAUUCUUAAUGCAACCAGUGAUGACUUGAAUUUGGCACAGAAACUCAAAAACCAAGCUGAAAUGGCAGAGGCUGAUGCCAACUCCAUACUGGGCAAGGCAGAAGGUGUCCUGAAUAAUUUGCAGAGUGCCACAAGUGCCCAGGAGGCUGCAGACCGUGCCAUUAACCAGGCUGACAGCGACAUCUCCAAUGCUGAAAGGGAUCUGACACAGAUUGAGUCAGAAACAGCAGCAGCAGCAGAGAAGUCCAAUAAGUCCUUACAGGUUCUUGAGGAGCUCCGUAUCCGACUCCUCACCCUUGGUAACAAGUAUAUUGGCAAUGACCGUAAGGUUAUCAGAGCUGAGGAGGCUGCUCGCGACGCGUCCACCCUCGCCACCACUGCCGAGAUGAAAGCUGAUGAGCUAGCUACCAAGUACUCAGACACGGCCAACGAACUCAACACCAAGUAUAACCUGACCUCUGUGGCACAGCAGCGUGCUCAGGAACUCAAGGAAAAAGCCGACAGGCUAGCAGGGGACACAACAUCUAAACUCAGCAAACUCAGAGAAAUGAAUAGCAACUUUAAUACAAACAAGAAGAGAUUAGAGAAACUUUCUACUGACAUUGAUGUUUUGAAUAUUCGAAUGGAUGAAUAUUUGCAAGCAAUACGGGACAAGUCUGAUAGCUAUUUCAAGUGUAAAACUUAGUGAUAUAUAUGCUCCCUAGUGUUAUGUGAAUGCUGUAUUAAACCUAUACCUUCAAUUGCAUGUGACAAGUUGUAGGUUUUAAUUGUGCCAUGGUACUCCCCUUAUUUUUUUUUAUCCUGUCUUUCUUCUGUCCCCAGUCUCUGGAGAUUGUUCACGGCAGACUCUGGUUGUUUAUAAUUAUUUUAUGUUGUGAGAAUGCCAGAUCUUCAUUUUAUAUAUGUGUUUUUAGCCAGUUUUGUAGGUAAUUAUCUGUUGUGAUGAGAAUAUUAUUUAUUUCAUCAUUUUGUUAAACGAUAUUUUAAACUACAGUUAUUUUAGCUGCAUUGUUGGUAUACAGCAGUGCUCCCCUGAUAUUGAAUGUCAAGUUCCGCUAUGUGCACAAAUAUUAAAAAAACCGAUAGAUUUUUCAUUGUUUAGAUAUUUCUGUGAUACUGAAUAUCUAUGUAUUGUGGAAGAAAAUAUCAUUUGGAUCAUGAAAGCUAUCACCUUAAACAUUGGUUUUUCUUUUUCAUCUGUUUUUAGGUAAUAUCAUUUCUUGAAAUUUUGACAUCUACUGGUUCAUACCAUCAAGAGUGUUUUUCCUAGUAGUGCAUUUCUGUAGUAAUUUUUUGUCGUUGGGUAUGAACAUUUAUUGACACAGUAUUGAUGAAUGUCAAGAUAUAUAUGUACAGUGUAAUCUACGCAUGUAUGUUGUAUAUCUGUAAACAAAAAAAUAGUAUAGAAGAGGUCAGACCCAGAUACACAAUCUGUUGUCAUGACCAGUACCACAGGUCAUGAUAGGGAAACUGCGACCUAGAUACAAAACCUGAAGUCAUCCCUUAGUACAACAGGUCAUGGCAGGGUCGCUGUAACCUAGAUACAAAACCUGUAGUCAUCCCUAAGUACAACAGGUCACAGCAGGGUUGCUGCGACCUAGAUACAGAGCCUGUAGUCAUCCCUAAGUACAACAGGUCAUGACAGGGAUGCUGCAACCUAGAUACUGAACCUGAUGUCAUCCCUUAGUACAACAGGUCAUUGCAGGAACACUGUGACCUAGAUACUGAUUCUUUGGUCAUGUAUAAUACUGUGUCCUAGUUAUUAUAUACUCCAUACCGAAAUAUAAUUGGUGAUAGCAGAGACACAGAGACCAUACUCUCCUGUGGUAUCCCAAGUAUCACUACAGUAUUGUAGUGACCAGUAGUUGUGUACGAUAUUAUACCAGAUGGGGCUGUGUAAUUAAUAUGUAUGAUAAUGAGUUUAGUGUAUAUAAUAUGAUAAUUUUUAUUACAAUUUUUAAAGUCAUCAAUUUUUAUAUAUAAUCAUCAUUGUGUACUGUAUGUUAUUUCUGCUGUGUUCGUUAACACACUACUUCAUAUAUAUAUGUAUGUAAUCCUCAUAUACCUAGUGUGUAAAAUAUUAUGUAAUUAUUAUAAAUCAAAAAGUCCAGACAAAUCCAGUGUAUUAUCAAAAAAUUUCAUCUACUCAUAAAUAUUUUUUAUUCUCUUCUACUUAUCGGACAAAUUCUAGUUGAUAGUUCAUCUUUCAUUUCUGUUUAGUCGUAGAUAUGUGUUUGUGUUGAUCAGUCCUGUGUCUAAAGCACCUUGCUAUACAUUACAAUAUUGUGCCGCCUCAAUCAAAUUGUGAACAAUUUUAUACACAAAUUCCUUAACUUAAGUUUUAUGAAAGAUCAAAAAUUAUUCAAAUCAACAGAGGUUUUAUCGUUAUUCAAUUUUUUGAAAAUAAAAGUAUGAAUCUUUAAUUUCAUCAAUAUUUUUUGACAAGGAUGUACACUAUAAAAGAUAAUUUAAGUGUUGCAGGAUUUGAUGGACAUUAUAUUUAUGUUGCACAGGUCUGUCUGUUCUAAUUACAAUGCAAAUCUGUUGUCAUUCAAAUACAAUGGUGCUAAUGUUCUUUUGUUAUUGAAGUAAAAAUAAGUAAAUUUAUGCACAUGUGAACAAUUUUUGAAAGUCAUUUUUGAAGUACUUUUGGAUUUUUUUUUUCUCUCUCAGAAAAGAAGUUGGUAUCUUUUGAUUUGCUUCUGUCCUUGUUGCUUGGCCAGAUUUAUGAAAUGUUUAUUUUUGAAGAAGAGUUUUUGUGUACUCAUUUCAUAUCCAUAUUACAUGUACUUUAGUGUAGUAUUUAUUCUAGAUCUGUCUGCAUAAUACAACUUCUGUUGUUUAUCCCUGCGUAAACCUCAAGCUGUCUGUACAUCUCUUCGACCUUUCACUCUGCUUUUAUACAGAACAAAAAAUCAGAAUGAUACCGGUGUUAAUGUCACGUUAUCUUACAAUUUUAAUAGUGGUAGAUAUGCCCCAGAAAACGCAUCUAAAUUAAAUGUCUUUCCUGUCUUUCACAUUGACCCUUAAAACCUACAAUAUAUGUGUUAAGUACCGAGUAGAAAUCCACCCUAUUAGUGGGGCACUGAUGCUCAAACUAUUGAUCAUAUUUGUGCUGCGUCUAUACUGUAUUUUUCAAAGAAUUAUGUUUACAAUAUGUGUUUUAAUUUUAAACACUUGAAUACCAGAGGUAUUUUUAUUUAGAUAUUUUGUAUAAUUAUGGAAAAUUUUAAAUUCAGUUUGCUUUUAUCACAUUUCAUACAGUUUAUGUUAUUUAAAGUGUUUAUGGUAACUUUUCUUUUUACCUCUGACAUUUAAAUAUUGAUAGUUUUUAACUAUAACAGACAUUUUACAUGAAAACUGGUGAUAGAUAGAUACCAAAGAAUAUUCUGUCUAAGAUCUCAUCACUAUAUGGUACUGGGGUAUUGAGUACACCACACUAUGUUACUGGGGUAUUGAGUACACCACACUAUAGUACUGGGGUAUAGAGUACACCACACUAUGGUACUGGGGUAUAGAGUACACCACACUAUGGUACUGGGGUAUUGAGUACACCACACUAUGGUACUGGGGUAUGGAGUACACCACACUAUGUUACUGGGGUAUUGAGUACACCACACUAUGGUACUGGGGUAUUGAGUACACCACACUAUGGUACUGGGGUAUUGAGUACACCACACUAUGGUACUGGGGUAUAGAGUACACCACACUAUAGUACUGGGGUAUUGAGUACACCACACUAUGGUACUGGGGUAUUGAGUACACCACACUAUGGUACUGGGGUAUUGAGUACACCACACUAUGGUACUGGGUGUAGAGUACACCGCACUAUGGUACUGGGGUAUUGAGUACACCACACUAUGGUACUGGGGUAUAGAGUACACCACACUAUGGUACUGGGGUAUUGAGUACACCACACUAUGGUACUGGGGUAUUGAGUACACCACACUAUGGUACUGGGGUAUUGAGUACACCACACUAUGGUACUGGGGUAUUGAGUACACCACACUAUGGUACUGGGGUAUCGAGUACACCACACUAUGGUACUGGGGUAUUGAGUACACCACACUAUGGUACUGGGGUAUUGAGUACACCACACUAUGGUACUGGGGUAUAGAGUACACCACACUAUGGUACUGGGGUAUUGAGUACACCACACUAUGGUACUGGGGUAUUGAGUACACCACACUAUGGUACUGGGGUAUUGAGUACACCACACUAUGGUACUGGGGUAUUGAGUACACCACACUAUGGUACUGGGGUAUUGAGUACACCACACUAUGGUACUGGGGUAUUGAGUACACCACACUAUGGUACUGGGGUAUUGAGUACACCACACUAUAGUACUGGGGUAUAGAGUACACCACACUAUGGUACUGGGGUAUUGAGUACAACCUUGCUGUAGUACCAGGGUGUCGGAUACACCUUGCUGUAGUACUAGGGUUUCCUGUAGUGAUGUUAUCAAGACUUCAGCCAAGUUGUCAGUUUUUCCUAUGUUUAAUCAUCCCCAUCAUGUGAAUUCAAUUGUAUUAAAAUACCAGCUAUGACGUAUCA